GUGUUUUCUUCCUAGUUUUAUUUAUUUAGAACUUUUAUUUAAAUGUUUAGUGAUAUUUAGUGUUAUUUUGUUUAUUGAUGUUUGUUUAGCGGCGCACGUGAUAAUUGAUUUGGUUCAGGAGAAGAGAUUAAUAAAAUAUUCAAGUGAGGAUAAAGACAAAUUAUAUUAUAAUAGAAGGUACCUUAUGUUAUAAUGUCGAAGAAUCAAGUUGAUUUUUGUGCUGCUAUAACGAAAGAUUAUUUUGGUCCUGAGGUGGCAAGGGUUGCUCAGUUCUUGGCUCGAAAUGGUUCCUCUGUGUUCAGGUGCCUUUGCUCAAAAGGAGGUUUCCCAGAAAAAAUGUUGAAAAAGUCGUUGUGGGUUUUGAUACAACACAAUUUUGUUGAUGUCACUGUGACACAGAGUGGACUCACUGUCUACAAAAUCAACCUGAACUAUAUUCUGCAAAAGACCAGGCACUUCAAGUUCAUGUACAUGGUUAAAUGUUUGUAUGGGGAUGAAAGCAAGAUGAUCGUUGAAGAGAUAUCCAGGCAUGGAAAGGUGGAUCCAUGUGAUGUUAUAACCUCUCUAUCCAGUCAGACUGGUGCAAGCAGAGAAACGCUUCAAGAGAAAUGGAACCAGAUGAAAGGUGACUCGUUGAUUGUUCAGUGUCCUCUCCUGGAUAGCUCCGAACUGCAGCAAACCAACAGCACACCUCACAAGUCAUGUACCACCACAAACAACAACGGUGCAACAGGAAUGAAAGCCCGAAAGAGGAAGAAUGUGGUGGAUAGUGACGAAGAGGCAGACGACAAGAAUGUGGAACCUGCCUCCAAGAAGUUUAAAUCUGAGGGCUUGUGGAAGUUGAACAGCAGUAAAUUCAACGAGCUCCUCAGGAACCAGAUCAUCAUUGAAACGAUGGCCAUGAAAAUUGAUCGGAGAUCUGCUGACAUUGUGAAAGCCAUCUUAAGACUUUCAGAACUAUCCCAACUGCAGAAAAACGUCGCCAACAGAUUCAGAACAUUUGGAGUUACUUGCAAUGAGAUAUUCAGCUGUUUGAAGAAGCAGAUGACAUCGCUAACGUUGUUGCAGUUGGACCAAAUGCUGAAAAUACUGCUGGAAGAUGCUAACUCAAUCCUCAAGUACGCAUUAAGCGACAUGCAUGUAUGUAUAAGAUGGCGUGAUGGUCCCACUGCUGCAGUCCACUGCAGAUCUCUGCCUGAGACUAGCAAUCCGGGCGAUGCGUUCCUUCACAGUUCAUUUGUGAUGAAAGAUGGAGACAGUGGAGGAGGCGUCUACAGAAUAGAUUUCCAACAAGCGUUCACUGAGUUGGGCCUGGCUCAUGUCACUUCAGUCAUCCAAGAAAGGUAUGGUUCAAAGUCCUUGAGAAUAUUCAGAGUUGUCAUGCUGAAGAAAAAAAUUGAACAAAAGCAGAUAGAAGAUUUAGUUAUGAUGGACCCAAAGGAAGCCAAAGAAUUGUUGUACAAAUUGCUGGAGGACAACAUCCUCUUCUUGACUCUAUAUAUUAAUGUAUAUAAAUCGUUAGAUGGUGGUCUCGGGGUGAAAGCUAGUGGGAAAGAAAGGGUUCAAGUUAAAGAUUAA